UGUGAUGUCAUCGCUUCCGCGUUGGCCUGGACGUGGCACCAGCGAAGGGGGAGAGCUGCUAGUGCGGAGAGAAGCCCACAUUCCGUUUAGCUGCACUUAAUCAGACAAGUUGUAGCGUAGAUUAUUUUUCUCGUUAAAAUAUGGGGCUAACUAUCUCUUCGCUUUUCUCAAAGCUAUUUGGCAAGAAACAGAUGAGGAUACUCAUGGUUGGUUUGGAUGCGGCAGGUAAAACCACCAUCCUGUACAAACUGAAGCUGGGGGAGAUUGUGACCACUAUUCCAACAAUCGGUUUCAACGUGGAGACGGUGGAGUACAAGAACAUCUGCUUCACUGUGUGGGACGUCGGCGGUCAGGACAAAAUCCGGCCCCUUUGGAGACACUACUUCCAGAACACGCAGGGCCUUAUCUUCGUGGUCGACAGCAACGACCGGGAGCGCAUAGCAGAGUCGGCGGAGGAGCUCUCCAAAAUGCUGCAAGAGGAUGAGCUGCGGGACGCCGUCCUAUUGGUGUUCGCCAACAAGCAAGACCUGCCCAACGCCAUGGCAGUGAGCGACCUGACGGAGAAACUGGGAUUGCACAGCCUGCGCAGCAGAACCUGGCACGUCCAGGCUACCUGUGCUACGCAGGGCACGGGACUCUACGAGGGCCUGGACUGGUUAUCCAACGAGCUGUCGAAGCGCUAAGCUGGGCGAGGAGCGGGCUGAAACCCGAGCCCGAUGACGAAGCCAGUGCGGGCAACAGGGAGAGAACAUCGUCGACGUGAACUUCACCUGGGAAACUGUCUAAAUUAUCAACGUGUCUGUCUGGUAGAACUUGAAGUUACGGACUUUACAAUCAUUCCCUCAUCGCUCUCCCUCCUUCCCCCCCUUUCAUGUUUUGACCCUCAUAUUUCAUAGUGUCUGCUUUCUUUUUCCAGCUCAUCUUGAUCAGCAUUAAAAGAAUCUAUUUUAA